ACAAGUUGAACCUUUUCGGCGUCUACGUCUGCGCAUGCGCACAAUGAGCGGCGCUCGGGCUACCAAAGUGGUCACAUAGCGGGUGUGAAAAUGCAUAAGCUGAAGUCGUCGCAGAGGGACAAGGUACGGCAGUUCAUGUCCGUCACGCAGGCGGGCGAGAAAACGGCUGUAUAUUGCCUCACGCAGAAUGACUGGAAGCUCGAAGUGGCCACCGACAACUACUUCCAAAACCCGGACCUAUACUGCAAGGAGUCCAUGAAGACAUCAGUUGACCGCAAGAAGCUAGAGCAGCUCUACAAUCGCUAUAAAGAUCCCCAGGAUGAAAACAAGAUCGGUAUCGAGGGAAUCCAACAGUUUUGCGAUGACCUGACGCUGGAUCCAGCCAGCAUCAGCGUUCUGGUGGUGGCGUGGAAGUUUCGCGCCGCCACCCAGUGCGAGUUCACCAGGAAGGAGUUUCUGGAUGGCAUGAGUGAGCUGGGGUGUGACAGCAUCGAUAAACUCAAGGCCCUUUUGCCAAGAUUGGAACAGGAGCUAAAAGACAGCGGGAAGUUCAAGGACUUCUACCAGUUCACCUUUAACUUUGCCAAAAAUCCUGGUCAGAAGGGUUUAGACUUGGAGAUGGCCGUAGCUUACUGGAACCUGGUUCUGUUGGGAAGAUUUAAGUUCCUCGAUCUUUGGAAUAGAUUUCUUUUGGAACACCAUAAACGCUCCAUCCCAAAAGACACAUGGAACCUGUUGUUGGACUUUGGUAACAUGAUAGCAGACGACAUGUCAAACUACGACGAGGAAGGAGCGUGGCCAGUCCUCAUAGACGACUUUGUGGAAUUUGCUCGACCGAUUGUAACAGGAACAAAACGUAAAACUCUCUAAGGAAAAAAAAGACUUGUUUCUUUUACAGUGACUUAAUAGUUUUUUGGGGGUUUGUUUUUAAGACUUGUACAAGAGGAGAAAAAGGUAAAAAAAAAAAAAAAAAGAAAAAAAGAAAAGAAACCAUAUACUGGACAUGAGAAAGGACAACGGAAGCACUUGAAACUGUCAACUGUGAGACGCAGCCUCCUUUUUUUACCUUAUUGCCACAUCGCCGGAAUCCACUCUGGUUCCCCCUGUUGGACUCUCGGUAUCCUGCACCCGCCCUCUGCUUCGGGACAGAUGCUGACUCAGCACGGGGAGAAGAUGGUCCCUGGCUGCUUGUGCUUGGAACACCAGCACAAAAAAAACACCACAAAACAGACUUUACCGUACAUACUGUAUCUACUGGGACAGUUUACAAAGAGCUAUAUGAAGAAUAAUAUAAAUAUAUUGAGUUUAUAAAUGCUUUUAUGUACAGUCAUGGAUUUUGAGAUAUAUAUAUAUAUAUAUAUAUAUAUAUGUGUGUGUAUAUAUAUAUGUAUAUAGUAUAUAUAUAUAUACAGACUGCUCAAAAAAAGGGGGAACACUCGAUUGACACUCAGUCAAAAGUGCUGCGCCAUGAUUCAAACUGUCCACUUAGGAAGCAACACUGAUUGAGAAUCAAUUUCACAAUCUGUUGAGCAAAUGGAAUAGACAACAGGUGGUGUGUUUUUCCACUUCAAUUUUGAGCGUGACUCCAAACCCAGACCUCCAUGGGUUAAUAAAUUUAAUUUCCUUUGAUAAUUUUUGUGUGAUUUUGUUGCCAGCACAUUCAACUAUGUAAAGACAAAAGUAAUGAGAAUAUUUCAUUCAUUAAAAUCUAGGAUGUGUCAUUUAGUGUUCCCUUUAUUUUUUUGAGCAGUGUAUAUAUAUCAUAUAUAUAUAUAUAUCUCAUGAUUAGGUGGAUUAUGUGUCACCAUAUGUAUAAGUGUUGUCACCGAAUGCUGGAGCAAGUAAAGCCAUGUUUUCUUCGGUGGUACUUGUCAAAAUAAUGCUGGCUUCAACUUUGCUUUAUUAUCAUUUCCUUACCGUAAGGAAAGAGUUUUGUCGGGGAUGGUGAUAUUAACAGAUUUAUCAUUAAUAAGGUCGAGUGUGUGGAAUUAACUGUUAAAAUGGAGUGCACUACAAGGCUGCAACCCGCAGAGGCGCUGUUGAUUCUACUUUUCCAUCUAAAGAUGAACAAUGUGACUUGAGCUACGUACCGACACAACUCCCUGCAGCAGCAUUCUGCUCAACGCAACAUGAGAAUGGAAACACGUUCUGAACAUGCAGAGAGAUUGUCCUGCCAAAUCUACUCGGAAGAUGUCACUUUUCAAGCAGUCAGUUUACUAGAAGCAUUAACUAGAAGGGAAUGAGAUGACAAGCCUACAAAUACCAUACACUCUUCAAUAGUUGGUUCUGUCCAUCUGUCCAAUGCGGCUGCAGGCAGUGAAAGAGCAUUUCUUGUUCAUCUAUAUAAGUACAGUAAUGUUUUUAUCAAUAAAGCAUGAGGAUUUUUUUCUAUACUAUAUGUCACAAGGGUUUUUGUCGUCAACCAAGGUUUUGUUUACAGUGGUGUGAAAGUUUGGCCCCUUCCUGAUGUCUUUGUCACACUUAAAUGUUUCAGAUCAUCAAACACGUAAAUAUUAGUCAAUGACAACACAACUGAACACAAAACGCAGUUUUUCAAUGAAACUUUUUAUUAAGGGAGAAAAAAAAAUCGAACGCUACAUGUCCCUGUGUGAAAAGUGAUUGCCCCCUAAACCUAAUAAGUGGUUGGGCCCCCCUUAGCAGCAACAACUGCAAUCAAGUGUUUGUGAUAACUUGCAAUGAGUCUCUUUGUUAGCCUACUCAUCUUUGCAGAAUUGUUGUCAUUCAGCCACAUUGGAGGCUUUUCCAGCAUGAAGCGCCUUUUUAAGGUCAUGCCACAGCAUCUCAAUAGGAUUCAGGUCAGGACUUGGACUAGGC